GACUCAUCUGGAGUCUCCAGCUCCGCUGUGAUUGCACUUGGAAACUUUGCGCUGUGUUUCGGUCUUUGUCUCCCUUGGGGAAGCUGGACAGCAGUUCGGCAGGCCCCGUCCCUGGCCCGGACCGCGCUUUGGGUGCCAUGGAGUUCACGGCGUCGCCCAAGCCCCAGCUCUCCUCCCGGGCCAACGCCUUCUCCAUCGCUGCGCUCAUGUCGAGCGGCGGCUCCAAGGAGAAGGAGGCCACGGAGAACACCAUCAAACCCCUGGAACAAUUUGUGGAGAAGUCAUCCUGUGCGCAGCCCCUGGGGGAGCUGACCAGCCUGGAUGCUCACGGGGAGUUUGGUGGCAGCGGUGGAGGCAGGAGCAGCCCAUCCUCCUCCUCUCUGUGUACUGAGCCACUCAUCCCCACUACCCCCAUCAUCCCCAGUGAGGAGAUGGCCAAAAUCACCUGCAGCCUGGAGACCAAGGAGCUCUGGGACAAAUUCCACGAGCUGGGCACGGAGAUGAUCAUCACCAAGUCCGGCAGGAGGAUGUUUCCUACCAUCCGGGUGUCGUUUUCGGGCGUGGAUCCUGAGGCCAAGUACAUAGUCCUGAUGGACAUCGUCCCCGUGGACAACAAGAGAUACCGCUACGCCUACCACCGGUCCUCCUGGCUGGUGGCUGGCAAGGCGGACCCGCCGCUUCCAGCCAGGCUGUAUGUACACCCAGACUCUCCUUUUACUGGUGAGCAGCUACUCAAACAGAUGGUGUCUUUUGAAAAGGUGAAACUCACCAACAAUGAACUGGAUCAACACGGCCAUAUAAUUUUGAACUCAAUGCAUAAGUACCAGCCGCGGGUACACAUCAUUAAGAAGAAAGACCACACGGCCUCAUUGCUCAAUCUGAAGUCUGAAGAAUUCAGAACAUUCAUCUUUCCAGAGACAGUUUUUACGGCAGUCACUGCCUACCAGAAUCAACUGAUAACCAAGCUGAAAAUAGAUAGCAACCCUUUUGCCAAAGGAUUCCGGGACUCCUCCAGGCUCACUGACAUUGAGAGGGAAAGUGUGGAGAGCCUGAUUCAAAAGCAUUCCUAUGCCCGCUCACCCAUUCGCACUUAUGGAGGAGAAGAGGAUGUGCUGGGGGAUGAGGUUCAGACAACACAAAACAGAGGGUCAGCCUUUACAACAUCUGAUAAUUUGUCUCUCAGUUCCUGGGUAUCAUCUUCAUCCAGUUUUCCUGGAUUUCAGCACCCACAGUCCCUGACUGCUCUUGGCACCAGCACAGCAUCCAUAGCAACACCCAUUCCUCACCCCAUACAGGGUUCUCUGCCACCAUAUAGCCGACUUGGGAUGCCUCUGACCCCAUCAGCCAUUGCCAGCUCCAUGCAGGGCAGUGGCCCAACAUUCCCCUCAUUCCACAUGCCUCGGUACCAUCACUACUUUCAGCAGGGGCCCUAUGCUGCUAUCCAAGGACUGCGCCAUUCCUCGGCUGUGAUGACACCAUUUGUAUGACUCUUCUAAAAACAGGAGAAUCCAAAUCCAGAAUGUGCAAAUGGGUAUGGAAAUAUAGGACAGGGUCGGGUGGGUGGGAUGUGGGGUGUUGGAGCAGGGGCUCUCCAGGAGACAUGGGACCUAUUACAGAGGAGAGCUGGACUCACAGUAAAACCUGCCACUGAGGGAAUGUACCAUGGACCAGGAUUCAUCUGUAGUUGGGGGACAGCUCUUGGGUUCGAGAAAGAAUCAGUGUAAAGUUCUUAGGCAGCCAAAGUCCUACAAUUAAUAGGAUAUCAAUUUACCCAGAAAGUUUAAUAAUACAAGGCAGAUGAAUCUUAAGGUGCAUCAUUCCUAGUGAUUAAAAAUGCUGUGUUGAUGCAGUAAUGUAUAAAAUCAACAUGUAUAGAUUUUCUUUCUGCUUUCCACAGGUUAAAAAAACCUUCAAAGAGGCAAUACUGUAUAACAUACUUACCAUAAUGCAUAACGACUAACUUAAGUCCAUUUCUCCUUGUAGAAAAUGAGAGCCAAUAGAGAAAUAUUUGUAGUGCUGUAGCCUAAGCAUGUUUAGUUUUCCUUUGUGUUAGUUUGCUGGGGAAGGAGCUGAGAUAAUGCCCAUACAUCCUAUUUUGUGGAUGAAUAGGUGGUAAUGACUUCACAAAGUUCUUUUUGUAAUACUGAAGGGCCAGUACCUGACAAGCUCUUUUUCACAGGCUUGUCUUCUUUCUUCCUAAUUCUCUUUCUUGCGACUACUUGUCACUUAUGUAGGAAAAAUCUUCUAUAUACAAUUUUGAAGCAAGAGGUUUUGUGUGUUAUAUGGCAAAACUGAGGUUUUAGUUUUCUGGGCUGCAUUCUAAAUACACUACUGACUUACUCACUGAGGAAGGUAAAGCCUCUACAUGGUGACGCAGAGGCUUUCUUCUACUUACAGCUGCAAUAAAAAGAUGGUUGCCCUAUUGUGAAAGGAAUUUCUCUGCCACGGGUGCCAAAGGCCCCUUCAGUUUUACUUCAGCUUUGGGAGACCUCAUGGAUGUUUAAAUGUACCAGGCCAAAUUCUCCUUUUCAAUAAAUCCGCUUUGUUCUUAGAUUAGCUGCUGCCACUGACUGACAAGGAUUUGUGAAUGACCAUUCUGAAUGCCCACAGAGCCAUCAUUUAACCUAUGUUCAUGAGAAGUUAUGUGUCCAUAUAUCUGAUUUGUCCUUUUUUCUUACUGUGUUACAUUCAGUGACUCCUUUACCACUUUUCUAGCCCAUUACAUGAAAUUUCAUGUUAAUUCAGUGACUCCCCAGCUGAAACAUUGGCAGUGCUUAUAAAUAAGUCUAAAGCAGUCAUCCACUUUAUUUUCAGCUCUUGCUGUCUUCUCACGCCUUCCUUUAAUGUUUAGUAUAGUAUUAAUGAUAUUUUAGUUAUAUAUAAUCUGUAUAUUAUUUUUGGGCAACAUAUAUCUAAACAUUUACAGUCAGGGUAGAACAUUUGGCAUUUUGCAAGUUUAUUUCCCUAAUAACAGAAAUUUAAUGAAGUUUAUGGUCCUUCAACUUUAGAUAUAAUGUAUUCUAGCUACAGGAUAUAACCUGUCUUCUUCACAAGGCUCCCCAAAACUCUAUUUUAAUUUAAUUUAAAUUUUGUAUAUAAUAUUCAUUCUACUCUGUUCUGACUGCAAAAGUAUUGAAUCUUAAAAGAGAUGGGAACUACCACUGCUGAGAGUAGAGGUGUGUUUGGGAGUAAAUGCAAUAUGCUUAUCAUAUCAGACUCCAGUGGGAUUUUAUUUGGUUGUUUUAAUGGUAGGCUUUUCCAUAUCAAAUGCCUUUCUUCGGCACGCCCAGCCUGUGAAACAAGGCAUAAUGGCACAGCCUGUCUACAUGAUGCCGUUGUUGGAUUAUUCUGCACUUGCCUUUCUCCCCUGUAUCCCAAAGGGUACUUCUGGAGAAGCAUGGGCUAUGUUAACCAAGCAUCUCAAACUCCUAUGGCAGACACUGUAGGCUAAUUCCUAUCUUUCUCCAUGUUAUUCUAUAGUAUCCACAGGUAGUUUGUUUUCCAACACAGCACAGAUGUGCUUUUCUUUAAAAAAGCAGUUAUGAGUAAUGCUUAAGUAUCCAUAGACCUUAGGAUGCUGAUUUAAUAGUUGGCCUGUUGCCAGUGCUCCUUUUAGUACAGAGUCCUUCUGCUUAAAGCAGGAAUAACAAAAGUAGAUGCAAUUUUACAUGAUGCUAUUGAAUACCCUGGUAAAUUACUGGUCUGCUGAAGUGAAUCUGUAUCUCAGUUUUCUUUCCAAUGAGAAUGAAAGGAACAUUUUAAUACUAUUUUGACAUUUUCCCCAAUUGGUGUGUCUCAAAGUAGGUUUGUAUGUUUUUGUUAAAUAUGAUUUUACACCAGUAUUUCUUGACUUCAUAACUUUUAUUUUGUAACUAAGCAAUAUAAAACUAAAAAAAAGUAGAGUGGUUAGAGAAAAGCAAAGACUAAGGUAUCAAAGAGUGCUCUUGGAAAAAUCACACCUGAAAUUCUAAAUUGGAUAUAUUUUUUAAGUAUUUGUUAUUAUUUGAACCAGAAAGAAAAAGUACAAGUGAUAUGGAGCUUCAACUGAUCAGAGUCACUCUAGCCGUGGGAACCAGGAGUAGAUAUUUACCCUGCGUGGGCCUUUCUGAGCUAUUCUGGUUGUUGAUUCUUACGUAACUCCUUGGGUAUUUCAGAUUUAAAAGUCUAAAGUCUAUUCUACCAAAAGUAAUUGCAAGAACUAGAUAAUUAGUGGGAAAGCCAAUGGAAUAAUAAAGAGUAUGAGUUAUAAUAUACUUGGAAUAAGUUCAGGGUUUCCCCCCAGGUGUAUUACAGGAUCAAAAAGCACGGCUAACAUGCAGUGCUGCUAAAAAGAGCCACUGCUGCCAGAACUGCUUUAUCUAACCCAAAAGAAUUAAUUCAUAACUUAAUAGGUUUUGCAUAUGUGAUUUAUUUUUAAAACAUUUAUCAAUAAUUCUAAGUUCAAUUAUUUCUUUUACUUGCUUGAAAUUUACUUUAAAAGUAAAGUAAAUCUUCCUCUCUCUUCUGUCCACCCUUAGCAGCAUAAACAUAUCUAGCUUGUGUGUAACAUAUCACAAAUUGUUAGGUAACAAGAUCUACAUUAAUGAAUUUAUAUUGCAUUGCUGGUCCUUUUGAGUUUAUAACAAUGAUACAUUAUCUGGAAGGCCUACCUCCAUUCUUAGUAGGAGGGCACAGAGUAGGAGAUAUUAAGUUUUCUUAUACUUAUCAUCUAGCAAAAGCCUAUGUAGGGUUAUACUGUAGGAGUUACAUUGACAUCUUAUAUUGGUAUUCCAAGACCCCGCCCCCCCCACCCCAUCCACAUCUCAGUCAUUGUACUUCUCCAGCCACAACAUUCCCCCGUCAAAAAAAUAAAAAGGGAACCCUCUAAAAGCCAAAGACAAAAGAAUUCUUAAAGAAAAGGAUCCCCAUUCCCAUAAUGUCAGUGAUUUUUUCCGAGAGAUGUUAGGAUAUUUAUCCCAUUUCUGAAUUUCAUUUUAGCUUUUCAGGCUGUCCUGCUUAUAUUUAAGCUGAAUUAUAUACUGAGAAAAAUAAACUUCAAAUAAAAUGGGUGGAGUGACUUUACCACCCUAUUAAAUAUGCAGUCAUGCUUAGCCAUGACUCAGCAUCUAAAGUUCAAAAAAUUCAGUAUGUAAUAUACAGGGACACAUGUUGCAAGAAAAGCAUUCUUUUUACUCAAUCUUCCAUUGACUAAGCAAAGAAAACUGUUUUCAUUUUAAGUGUGUAUGGAAUUGAUAAUUAUUACAAAUAAAACAAUAAUAUACCCUAAAUCUAGACUAGACAGAAAUAAAGCACUGGGCAGAAAAGAUUUUCAGUUGGCUCCUUUAUAGAGCCCGGCUUGGGUGGAGGAUGGAUUUUAUAUGUUUUUGUAUUAUUUCAGAAUGCAAGGAUUUUAUGUAAACAAGCAAAGGGAAGGUUACAAACUCUUAAACCUUUAGAAAACCAUAAAAUCCUUUCUUCAUAUUCCAUGCCAGUUAUAAAAUAUGGCAAUACUUAUCUUUCUUCAGCAUGCUUAAAUAUGGAACAGUUCAUUUAUAAAUAUUUGAUAGGCAAAUGAUCCAUAAGUAUUUUGUGGCCCUUCUUUCUCUGUUCCUCCCUGGAUUCCAAUCCCCUCCUUUGAUAUAAGAAAAUAAAAACAUUUUGGUGAUAUAAUACAUCUGGACAAAAAAUACAAUUUGUUGUAUUUUACUUCUGGUACAUUGCAAUACUGUAUUUAGUUGUUGCUUUUUCUUAUUUUCAGAAACCUAGAAGAAGGUCUUUUAUUUCCUAAAGGAUAAAAUUGGAUGUGGCCUCCUUAGUGGGCUCUCUCACACAUCUACUGUUUGCUGUGUCAUUUGCUUAAUGAAUUGCGUGAGAACAGUCACUGUAAUGAAGUGUGUGUGUUGGGGGGUGGGGGGAAGGGCAUGGGAAAUGUUUUAUGAGAAAAGAAGUUAUAAGCCUAAUACUAUGAAGUAACAUCUAAUGAAGUUCUUUUUAAGUGCAAUAUAUUUAUUUCUGCUAGAAAUGUAUUAUCAACAUUAUGUAAUAUUUGAAGCAUUACAUGUUAUUUGUAAACAGCUUAAAAUUAUAUAUUACCCAAAAUUGUACAGAAGUACAAAUGUGUGGAUAUUAAUUUCUUUCAUUAAAAAUGGUGUGUUUUUGAUAUAUACGCA